AUUAUAGAGCAUGUAUGGGCUUUUGAAUGUAUUUGGAAGACUGGUUGAUUGUAGGUUCUGGAAGCAGAAGGACAAAAUGAUGAUGAGAUGAAACGAAGAUGAGGUUAAUUUAUUUACCUCUCUACGGUGUACUACUUCAUUUGGAUGAUACCCUUUUAUCUAAUGGUCUUAACUAUAGUAUAUCCAUCCCUCCGCCAUCCACACAAAAGCCAAAGCCACCCCCCCCCCGACCCAAGAGCUGUUAUCCGAACCAGAUCGCAUGGCGGUAAACCACCUUCCACCAUCAUGCGCUCGAAGUUUAUAUCUGGGCAGUGUUGGGCACCGAUUUGGCGGUCUCCAAUCGGCCAAGGGUCUAGGUCUUUUGAUCGACCUCCACCGAAGAUUGUCGCCCCUUGAUGGCUGGGAGGAAGGAUUGAAAGGAUUGACCCGCUGCAACACACCGAAUUGCUUUUACACAAGCUUCCACUGGACGGCGACCCAAUCCUGGUGCGGAUUACAGCCCAUCACAACCCGGACUGGCGACAUCCCACGAUGCAAGCUACAAGAGAUUGACGUCCAAGAUCUGACAGCCACGACCAGAUCUGAAAGCCACAACCUUGUUGCGAUUUCCAAUGGGCAAAAAACCGGUCAGCCAAGACCCACCAUGGCCUGGUUUCUGAAUGAUAGGUGACAACCCCUUGACUAUCAUCGUAUUGUUGGCUCUGUGUGGCAAUAUACUUUCGAGUCUCCGACCGCAACACCAAAUCAGGCAACAGGGCAGCCUA